GUUUCAAAAUUAUAUCGCCGCGCAGUUGCUCAGUCAUCGUGCAUCUGGCAACCCGCUUGGCGAGCACAUUCUGAACUGUCAAACACCAACUCAUUGAUUAGUGGCUUGGAUUUUUGCACAAAAAGCACCUUUUGGGAGCCUCUGUGCCGCUAAAUCCGUGCAAAGCAGUGAAAAUAGGUGUUUGCAGCCAUGUUGUACUUAGAGGAUUACCUCGAGAUGAUCGAGCAUUUACCUCAAGAGUUGAGGGAUAGAUUCACAGAGAUGAGAGAAAUGGACUUGUCUGUACAGAAUAAUAUGGAUUCCCUGGACAAGAGAGUUCGUGUAUUUUUCUCCCAAUGUCGCCGGAGUGAAUUGCAAUCUGGACAGGCGGAUGCAGAGUUCCAGUCACUGCGAAAAGACUAUUAUAAAGUCCUGGAGGAUGCGGAUGAGAAGGUGCAACUUGCUAGUCAAAUGUAUGAUCUGGUGGAGCGCUACCUGCGUCGGCUGGACAGUGAAUUAUACAAAUUCAAGUGUGAACUUGAGGCAGAUCACAAUGGGAUCACUGAGAUCCUGGAGAAGCGAUCCCUCGAGUUGGAUGGCACCAGCAACAGUAUUACAAGCUCGGGGAGCAAUCAUCAGAAGGAGAAUCGCUAUUUCGGCCUCUUGGCCAGCGGAAGUACGCCUUCGGUGAGCUCCCAGAGCCAGAGGACAGACUCUCGCUAUCGUCACAAAACGGAAAAGAGGAGAGACAGUGGGAGUGGAACCAAUCUGGGCGUGGAGAAGCGUCAGGCACUGAGUAUCACCAACUCCCAGACACCAGUGCGUCCAGUGACUCCCAAUCUCAGCACGAGUAGCGUGUCUCAUCACCAACCACUGACCAGUACGCCCAACUCCUCAGUGGGCUACAGUCUGCAGCACAUUGGAGCGGGCAAUGCCAUCGCGGCUGCCGCCAGCCAGGCCAUUGCAGCGACACAGCAGAUGCAACAGGGCAGACGCACGGCGAGUCUCAAGGCGUCGUAUGAGGCCAUUCACAGUUCGUCUGGCAGCGGCGCCCAUGAACUCCUUCUGGGCACAGAUCUGGCGAGCUUGCGAGGUCUGGAGCGCGAGGGCAGCUCCUACAACUCCAGUCAGAGGAGGCACAAGAAGAAACUCAACACUAGUUUAUCGCAUAACAGUCAAUCGUCCCUCCCGUCGACGCCCACGAGCACGCAAGUGUCCCUCGUGGAGCCCACGACGCCCACGGUGGUGAUAAACGAGAAUGGGAUGGUGGUGGAACAGACGCCCGAGGGCGAGUGGACUUACGAUCCCAAUGAGCCGCGCUACUGCAUCUGCAACCAAGUGUCGUACGGCGACAUGGUGGCGUGCGACAAUGAAGACUGUCCCUUCGAAUGGUUCCACUAUCCGUGCGUGGGCAUAACACAAUCACCCAAAGGGAAGUGGUACUGUCCACAGUGCACAUCAUCUAUGCGCCGCAGAGGCUCGCGGAAGACGUAGGGCGAAUCGUGC